ACACCACCUGCAUAUGGAAGCAGGAAACAGCACUGACGUAUCACAAUUUCUCCUCUCGGGCCUCUCAGAGGAUCCAGAACUUCAGCCCCUCCUCUUUGGAUUGCUACUGUCCAUGUACCUCGUCACUGUGCUGGGGAACCUGCUCAUCAUCCUGGCCGUCGGCUCCGACCCCCACGUCCACACCCCCAUGUACUUCUUCCUCUCCCACCUGUCCUUUGUGGACAUCUGCUUCACCUCCACCACCGUCCCCAAGAUGCUGGUGAACAUCCAGACACAGAGAAAAGACAUCUCCUACAUAGGAUGCCUCACUCAGGUGUAUUUUUUUAUGAUUUUUGCUGGAUUGGAUGGCUUCCUCCUGACCGUGAUGGCCUAUGACCGGUAUGUGGCCAUCUGCCACCCCCUGCACUACACGGCCAUCAUGAACCUCCGGCUCUGUGGGCUCCUGGUCCUUGCAUGUUGGUUCACCAUAUUCUGGGUCUCACUGACUCAUAUUCUACUGAUGGUGCAGCUGACCUUCUGUGCAGGCACUGAAAUCCCGCACUUCUGUGAACUGACUCAGGUUCUCAAGGUGGCCUGCUCUGACACCUCUGUCAAUAACAUCUUCUUGUAUGUGUCAACCGUUGUUCUGGGUGUAGUACCCCUCACUGGGAUCCUCUUCUCUUACUCUCAGAUUGUCUGCACUUUAAUUAGAAUGUCCUCUGCAGGGGGGAAGUAUAAAGCAUUUUCCACCUGUGGGUCUCACCUGUCUGUGGUCUCCUUGUACUAUGGGACAAGCCUGGGGGUCUACCUCAGCGUGGCUGCAACCCAUUCUCCCCAGAGGAGCUUGAUCGCCUCGGUGAUGUACACGGUGGUCACCCCCAUGCUGAACCCCUUCAUCUACAGCCUGCGGAACAAGGAUGUGAAGGGGGCCCUGGGAAGGCUCCUCAGGAGCCCCUUGUCUGUGAUGGGCCACUGGCCUCAGAAUUAAAUUGACAUUGUGGGCACCAAAG